AAUUCUCUUUAAACUGCACUAUUGGCUUUGUUUGGUCUUGAUUUUACACUAGAGUAACUAUGCAGGUAUACAUUUAGUUACUAUGAUGGCAAGUAUUAUAUCAUUACUGAAAUAGUCAAAAACUGAGGAAAAGAAGCCACCAUAUUUACCUGCUUCUAGCGACACCCUUCUCAGAGAUCUUCCAAAAGAAAAGCUUCAUCCGAGAGCCACGAGCGCCUCAGCCGGCUAUGACCACACUAGUCAGCGCCCAUGCCAAUAUCUGAAUUCCCCUGUUCGGCUUCACUGUGGCGGAAGCAGCUCGGGACGCUAUAGGCCGGACUGCCCCUCUUCCGGCUUUGGCUUCAGGUCUCUGUGGGCGGGGCGAGUCCUUCCCGGGCAGGGAUCUGAGCGGCUCUCGCGAGAACUCUCCCUCUUCCUAGGCCGGCGCUGAGAGAGAAAGGCCAUGUUCAGUUCUAGCGCGAAGAUUGUGAAGCCCAAUGGUGAAAAGCCAGAUGAAUUCGAGUCUGGUAUUUCCCAGGCUCUCCUGGAGUUGGAGAUGAACUCUGACUUAAAAGCUCAGCUGAGAGAGUUGAACAUCACAGCAGCUAAGGAAAUUGAAGUAGGGGGUGGUAGAAAAGCAAUCAUAAUCUUUGUACCAGUUCCUCAGCUGAAAUCUUUCCAGAAGAUCCAGGUCCGAUUAGUUCGUGAGCUGGAGAAAAAAUUCAGCGGCAAGCAUGUGGUGUUCAUUGCUCAGAGAAGGAUUUUGCCCAAACCAACAAGGAAAAGCCGUACAAAAAACAAGCAAAAGCGUCCAAGGAGCCGUACACUUACUGCAGUGCAUGAUGCCAUACUCGAAGAUCUGGUCUUCCCUAGUGAAAUUGUGGGCAAGAGAAUCCGCGUGAAACUAGACGGCAGCAGACUCAUAAAGGUCCAUUUGGACAAAGCGCAACAGAAUAAUGUUGAACACAAGGUGGAAACAUUUUCUGGUGUCUACAAGAAGCUCACUGGCAAAGAUGUUAUUUUUGAGUUCCCAGAAUUCCAGCUGUAAAGUGCAAGAAUGACUGAAUAAACAGUUUAAUUGUUCAUA